CUUAAUCUGACCGUGGGUGGAAUUUCUCCCAAUCUUCCGUCAACAGAGUUCGUUGUCUUUUUUCCCCCUCUCCGUCAGCUGGCUUCGUCUCGCACGGGUACGGCGCAGAAAUUUGCGAUAUCCACGAAUUGUUGCUGUUUCAACCGUUUCUAGAGGCAGAGUUACACCGAUUCACACACGAAAAUAAUUAUUGAAGUGAUUCAGUUGCGGAGAUUGUAUCGUGAUUUCCUGUUCUGGUUUUGAUUCGCCGGUAGACAGACACAUCUUUGCGGCGUGCCGGCGAAGUAUGCUAAUAUCUAUGGUGCAAAAAUUAUUUAGAGAUAAGCAGAGCGGAUUAUUAAGAUUGGUAAUUGGUAGGAGAUUUACCUCGAGCCACAAUGUGAAGAGUUUUCAGCAACUGAACAGAUUUAGCAGCAGUAGCUCAAGCAGUAAUCUCUAUUUUCUAGAAUGUUCUGCAAUGCAUUCCAAGCAGGGAAAGGUCUGCCAGAAACGGUCCUCCCGGCCGAUUUUGCUGGCAAAGCUCGAAAGAGCUUUGAAGGAGUAUGAAAUAGAAGAGGCUUGGGAAACCUACAAGGAAUUCAAGAGCCUUUAUGGUUUCCCUGAUCAGUGCUCUAUGGCUAAUCUAAUAACUAACUUAUCGUAUUCAAGUGAUUCGAUGUGUCUCCGUAGGGCUUUCGAUUUAGUUCUUACGAUUUCAAAGGAGAAAUCGGUUCUACUCAGGCCGAAAAUGCUUACAAAUCUGGCUCUUUCUUUGUCAAGAGCUCAAAUUCCUGUUCCAGCUUCAAGCAUUCUUAGGCUGAUGCUGGAGAAGAAUCAUUUGCCUUCAUUGGAUGUCUUACAGAUGAUUUUUCUACAUUUAGUUAAGACAGAAACCGGGACAUACUUAGCGUCGAACGUGUUGGAGGAGAUUUCUUAUUGCUUUCUGAAUUCGGGUGCGAAAAGAUCGGCGCAAACAGGAUUGACAAAACCUGAUGCUGUAAUUUUUAACCUUGUUCUUGAUGCCUGUGUGAGAUUUGAAGCUCCAUUGAAGGGGCAACAGAUUUUAGAGCUGAUGCCGCAAUUAGGAGUGAUAGCUGAUGCUCACACUGCUGUUAUUAUUGCUCGAUUACAUGAAUUGAAUGGCCUGAGAGAUGAGCUGAAGAAAUUUAAGCCCCAUGGCGACGUAAUCCCAGAUGCACUGGUACGGCACUAUCAAUCGUUGUAUGAUUGCCUGCUUAGCCUGCAUUUUAAGUUCGAUGACAUUGAUGGUGCAUCGACACUUUUAUUGGACUUAUGUAGAUGGCAUGAUGAGCGAAAUUCUUUCAAGGUGGGUCGAAUCGAGCAGGAGAAAUCCUGCGCUGUUUCACUUGGAUCCGACAAUGCUAAAACAGGAUUGAAACUGCAGUUUCUACCUCAGAAAUUGCAGAGGGAUUUUGUCUGCAAGGGGGACAAGAAGCCGGCGCUUGUAUCGUAUAAAGAUGAGAAAUUUGUUCUUAGCAACAAAGGUUUGGCGAAGCUUGUAAUAGGAUACAGGAAGGCUCGGAGAACUAAUGAGCUCUCGAAACUACUUGUUAGCAUUCAUUCUAUGUUGAAUCCGCCGCAGGAUAAUAGUCUGUGUUCAGAUGUAAUCGAUGCUUGCGUCUGUUUGGGAUGGCUUGAGACAGCUCACGACAUUUUAGACGACUUAGAAUUGGAGAACUACUGUGUUAGAGAAGCUUCGUACACGUUUCUUUUGAGUGCUUAUUACCGCAAGAACAUGUUUAGGGAAGCAGAAGGUCUCGCGCGACAGAUGAGGAGAGUUGGUCUCGCCAUAACUUGUCCCGACAAGAUGGCUUUGGACAGAAAUAUUUCCAUGGCUGAAAUCGAAUCAAAAGAGCUCACUGUGAAAUGCAAAACAGAUUUGGCCAACUGUAUCAUCAAGAAUACAAGAGAAGAGGAUCGAGAAGUUCACGAGUAUAAUUCCUCUAUCCACUUCUUCACAAAGGCCAAAAUGAUCGAAGAUGCAAAGCAUACAUACCUGAAAAUGCAGAAGAUGAAGAUCCAACCGAAUAGCACAACAUUUUUCCAUCUCAUUUGCGGAUAUUGUUCUGUGGGAAUGUAUCGCGAAAUCACUAUCCUAUGGGCCGAUGUGAAGAGGAGCAUGGAGAGUCAGCAUAAAGUGUGCAGCCGCGACGUGUUGGAGAUGUUGCUGAUAGCUUUUAUUCGGGGAGGGUAUUUCGAGAGGGUUAUGGAGAUUAUUGGAUUUAUGAGGAAGAAUAAGAUGUUCCUCGACAAAUGGAGAUGUAAAAAUGAGUUCUUGAAGCUUCACAGGGAUCUCUAUAGAACUCUAACUGCUUCGGAUGCUAAAGAUGAUACUCAAAGAAAGAGGAUCGAGUAUGUUAAGUUUUUCAGAAAAUGGGCAGGUAUCAGUUGAAACACAUCGAGGGAUCGACUGUUUCACAUGGAAUCCAGGUUAGGGUUGUUGUCUUCUUCGCCUGUUUUUCACUAAGGUUAUCUACGGUGAAAUCCUUAAUCCAUCCUUUUGAACAGCAAGUCUUUUUCCUGUCGUAACGAUAAGAAGUUCAGUCAUUUACAUUUCAUAUAGUACAGUAAUCUAGCCACGAAGGUGUCGCGUCCAACUAUAAGCCUGUUAUAAUAAUACACAUUUGCUCAUUUAAUUCGCAAAACCUGUUGC